GGAGUUCUCGCAAUCUCCAUGGCUACGCAGAUAUAUUGAACACACUCAACACACAAUUUAGAACGUUAGCCAAAAACGAUUUUGAAAAAAAUUUAUACAAAUUAAUGAACAACGCGGUAUUCGGUAAAACAAUGGAAAACGUGCGGAAUCAUGUCGACGUUAAACUUCUAACAAAGUGGGAUGGUCGUUACGGUGCGGAGGCGAUGAUUUCGAAACCAAAUUUUCAUAGUCGCAGCAUCUUUUCAGAAAAUUUAAUCGCCGUGGAAUUGCGAAAACUCGAAGUGAAAUUCAACAAGCCAAUCUACGUGGGUAUGUGCAUCCUCGACAUAUCCAAGAUCUGCUUGUAUGAAUUUCACCACGAAUACAUGCUGCCCCUGUACAGUGACAAGUGUAGAAUCAUGUAUACCGAUACCGACAAUCUCAUAUACCACGUCAAGUGCGAGGAUGUAUAUGAGACUGUGAAACGCGAUAUACACAGAUUCGACACGAGUGAUUAUCCGGUUGACAACGCGUAUGGCAUACCGCGUGUAAAUAAGAAAGUGCCCGGUCUAAUGAAGGACGAAAACAAUAGCGCGAUCAUGAUGGAAUUCGUGGGACUCAGAGCGAAAAUGUAUGCGUUGCGAGUCGAUGGUAAGAAGGAUACGAAGAAGGCGAAAGGUGUCAAAAGUAAUGUAGUAGCGCGAACAAUAUCUUUUGAUGAUUACACACAUUGUCUGCGAGACGAGAUCGAGAUGACGCGUCAGCAGUCGUGUAUUCGAUCUAAACUGCAUCAAGUGUACACUAUAUCCGAGACGAAAAUCGCUCUGAGUCCAUACGACGACAAACGAUACGUCAUGCUUGACUCGACUGACACAUUACCAUGGGGACAUUACCAGAUACCUCUAUAAUAUAUUCACAGUAUUAUUGUACAUUAUAGAAUAGUAAUUAUUACAAGUAUGUUUA